GGGAGCGCGCGGGUGUUCGCAACAUUUGCCACGAGCAUCUCUUACGGCGUGUGCUGCUGAUCCUUGUGUUGUGCGUGCGUAUCAUCAGUGUGGCGACGUCGGGUUGCUAUCGUUGCAGUGGCCGCGCUCGCAAGGCGCUGAGCGCGGCAUGGCGUGGCCCUGAGGCAUGCGGCUAAGCGGUGGACCCACGGCGACCCUCGUGCUCGCCGUCGCCCUCGCACAUACGUCGUGGGCCACGCGAUCCGCUGAAGGCGGGGGAGACUCCACCAAUUGGCUCUCAGGGACCCGUAGGGACGAGAACGAAGGAGUUGAAAACCGACCUCGUGCUCCAAGUGUUGGCUUUUACAUCGGUGACCCAUGCAACCUGACAUGCAGUCAAGUGUUGCACAACGUAUUCUGCAACACCACUUCUCGAAAAUGCGAAUGUCGAGCGGAGCACCCAGUCAACAUCGAGAACAGACAGUGCGUCAAAGCGUCUCCGCUAGGCGUGGCUUGCGGCCACGACGAAGCGUGCACCUACAUAGUGGAGCAGGCAGUUUGCCGCCAUGGAAAGUGUCGCUGCAAAGACGGCCACGAACCCCAGGACGGCACACGCUGCGUGCCCGCGCGCGGAGUGGCUAUUCUGGACAACGCGGAGCUGACAACCAUGAUCAGCGUCAUCGCGUCGCUGGUCAUCUUUACAGCGCUCUUCUGUCUCGUCCUUAGGCUCUUCAGCAAAGCCCGCUUCGGGUCAACGCGGGACCGUAUGGGCGACGCUGGAGCGCCGACCUCGGUACUAGAUGCAGCUGGGCUGGAAGAAGGCGCCCUCAACCACCACAGGUCGUCUCUCAAAGGUCCUCCUUCGCGUCGGACCUCGAGGGCUUCCGUCGACUACAGCGGCGGUCAGCGACGCUCCAGUUACGCCAUGCUGGCGCCACCUUCCAACCCAGGGUCUCGUCGAGCCAGUUCAUCGUCGGUGAGGUCGCAGGCGUCGCUGCGUUCGGCGGCUUCAACGCGCAGCGGCUCCAUAUCCCUACGAGGCGGAGGUUCACAUCACGGGGGAUCUCGCGGCUGUGUAACCCCAGGAUCCCAGGGCUCCCAGGGUUGCAACGGUGGCUGUAGCAGCUCUACGGGAGGCCGGGACCCCGUCCGACGGACCGUUUCUUCUCCCGCAGACGCCUCGUCAACGCAGCAGAAAAACCAUCAGCAGCCCAUCGCCAGACCCCUACACCUACAUUUGUCCCAGCUUGAGAAGGAAGACUCUGGCUACGACACCGUGGUCAACCACAAGUAGGUUGUAAACGGGACGUGCUUCAUCACAACUGUGCCCUUCUCUCUUCUCAAAGUGGGAGCGCCACCACGCGACGCACACCUCCGCCACCGUGCAAGGAAUACGUUUUUUGACUUGUGCUUUUCUAGUAACACAACCCCAACGAGGAUACACACGCCCUGUAGACGUCAUCGAUCACGUGACUGUGCAGUAGACCACGUGAGUGAAUUCCCCGUAGAGUGCGCUGAGACGCGCGCGCGCUGUGUGCGAGACAAACUACCACAAAACGACAGCGACUUCAACACGUACGACGAACUAGCUGGUAUCUUGUCCGAAGGAGUCUGGUGACGUCAAGAACAAAAGGACAUCAACACAGUGAGCAUCCUGAAUGGGAAAAGGUGAAGAGGCCAAAAUCCUGUGUAACUGGUGGAGUAUAUUCAAGAGCUGACGAUGACCCCCUUGACCCUUCCACUCGGACUAAACAGUUUGCCAUGUACUUCAUACCCAUAUUUGAUGUGCGAUAUAUGCUUGUUUCAUUAUGCUUUCAUCAUUCUACGAUGCCGAAAUACUUUGUUCAUGACUACAACGUAUGUGCCACAAGAAUUUUUUCAAGUACUGAUAUCACGAGUGUGCAAACUGGACUUUACCGACAUGUCAGCACUUGGAACACGCUUUUCCCAAAGGAUCCGACCCUGAUGGUACUCUCGACGGUUUGUAAGUUCCGUGAAUAUAAACCCAUCUUCCAGUUUUCUGUCUGCACCUCUAAUUGUAUACCACUCUGGCAUUUCCUUCCAAUGUAGAUAUGGAUCGCUUUCCUCUCAGGAAUAAAGCCGUAUAUUU